GUGUGUGGCCGGUUUGGCUCCUCAUUGCGUCGUCAUUUUCUUCCUUGGGAGGAACAGGGGAGAGAGAUGGGGAAGGAGGCGCUGGACUACGUGCUGGUGCCUCUGGGGCUGGUGCUGAUGCUGGGAUACCACGCGUGGCUUCUCCUCCGUAUCCAGCGUCGCCCUGCGACCACCGUCAUCGGCGUCAACGCCAUCAACCGCCGCAUCUGGGUCCGCCACAUCAUGGAGGAGCCGUCCGGGAAGCACGCGGUGCUGGCGGUGCAGACGAUCCGGAACAAUAUCAUGGCGUCGACGCUGCUGGCGUCCACGGCCAUCACACUCAGCUCGCUCAUCGCCGUGCUCAUGUCCGGCGGCGGCGGGGGAGAGCCAGGAGCUGGCGGCGGGGACCUCCUCCCGGACGCGCCGCUGGUGGUGGGCGCCACGGGGGAGGCGGCUCUGUCGGCCAAGUUCUUCGCCAUCCUCGUCUGCUUCCUGGUGGCCUUCCUCCUCAACGUGCAGUCGAUCCGGUACUACAGCCACACCAGCACCCUGGUGAACGUCCCGAUCCGAGCACACCGCCUCCGCCGCCCGGGCCUUGCCGUGGACUACGUCACCGGCACGCUCAAUCGCGGCAGCUACUUCUGGUCGCUCGGCGUGCGGGCAUUCUACUUCUCCUGCCCGGUCUUCCUCUGGCUCUUCGGGCCCAUCCCCAUGUUCGCCGCCUGCGUCGUCAUGGUCUGCGUGCUCUAUUUCCUCGACGUGUGCGAGGACUGGGAGGAGGAACAGGGCUUGAGUGGUGGUGAUGAGACGUCGGAACGAGGGAAGGAUGUAGGAGACACGCAAGUUUAGGUAGGUGGCUAGCUGCAAAUGCAAACUGAAGAAUUUAAUUGGCAGUCAGGUGAACUGAUUAUAGAUGAUUAGUGUCCUCUAUAAAUUACUCCAUCCGUUCUGUAAUGUAAGACAUUUUUUGUCAAAAGGAAAUCGUACAUUAUGGGAUGGAGAGAGUAUCAGAUAACUAAUGAUGAUUUGGUGAACUCUGAAUUGUCAUUUAAAAAAUUAAAAAUUUGAUGUCAGAUUAUUAAGCAUGGCAAAAUUGACAUUCCGGAUGAUAAA